CGAGUGCAUCUGAUUCUACACCUCUUGCACCCAUUGCUUGUAAUAAAUUUUCACCGACUGCAGUUGAGCGAAGUCCAGCAAAUCUAACCUCUUCUUCCUCACUCCGACCCCAUUUAUUAGUUGAGAUUUCUUUCUCACACCUACUGCCACUCAAAUUACCUAAAUACCUUCACCUUAUUCUCCAUUCUCGCUUUCUUUCCUCAACUGGGAUCACCCAUUUCAUCCUUUGCAGCCCAGUUGCAGAAACUGUAAGAAUUCUUACAUGUUUGCUUGGGUCUGGCUUUUGUCUGACUUAGGAGAAAGAAAAGUUGAUUUCUUGAUGGUAAAAAUUAAAUCUUGCAUGCUACUCUUUGUGUUUUAGAAAUGAGUGCAGUCAUAAAUAGAUUGUACUGGGAUUUGUGUGGCUAUUUGAGGCCAAUGUUGAAGAGGGUUGUCAAAUUUAGUAAGAUUUUAGCUGGGAAUUACAGCAAAAGCUCGAUGUUUCAGUCUGUUACUGCAAUUUUCAUGUUUGGUUCCAUUCUAUGCUUCAUUGUGGUAAUGGGGUCCAGUUAUUUUUACAUGUUUCCAUCUUCUGAAAGUGUUGUUGAUACUAAUCGAAGUAGAGAUGGUAAUAUUAGCAACGAAUGCAACGUGUUUGAUGGGAAAUGGGUGGUGGAUGAUAGUUAUCCAUUGUAUAAUGCAUCGGAUUGCCCUUUUAUCGAACGUGGAUUUGAUUGUGUGGGUAAUGGAAGGAAAGAUACGGAUUAUCUGAAGUGGAGGUGGAAGCCUAAGAAUUGUGAGGUUCCAAGAUUUGAUGUGGGUGCUGUGUUGAAGUAUCUGCGUGGGAAGAGGGUGGUUUUCGUUGGGGAUUCGCUGAGUAGAACUCAAUGGGAGUCUAUGGUUUGUAUGCUGAUGAGUGGUGUUGAGGAUAAGAGGUUUGUGUAUGAGGCCAAUGGGAAUGAGAUCACAAAGCAGAUUAGGCAUUUGAGUGUUAGGUUUGAGACAUUUGCUUUCACUGUCGAGUUCUAUCGCUCUGUUUUCCUGGUGCAGCCGGGUCCAGCGCCCAAGCAUUCUCCGAGGAGAGUCAAGGCUGUGCUCAGACUGGACCAAAUGGAUGAUAUUAGCAGUGAAUGGAUUGAUUCGGAUAUUCUUAUUUUCAAUUCGGGGCAUUGGUGGACACCGACAAAACUCUUUGAACUGGGCUGGUAUUUUCAGAAUGGUGGAAGGAUGAAGCUUGGGAUGCCAAUAAGUAAUGGCUUCAAGAUUGCAUUAGCUACUUGGAAAUCUUGGGUAGAGAAGGCAGUGAACCCCAACAAGACACGGGUCUUUUUCCGGACCUUUGAAUCUUCUCAUUGGAGUAGCGGAUCCCGUCAGAAUUGCAAAGUAACAAGGCAGCCUUCUUUCAAAGCUAAAGGAAAACAGAGGAGUCCGGUAUCUGAUGCAAUAAUCAAAGCUAUGAAUAAUGUGUCCGUCCCUGUGAAAUUGCUGCAUGUUACUCAGAUGGGUGCCUCUCGGAGUGAUGCACACGUGGGUUCGUGGAGUGAUAACCCAUCGGUUCCUGACUGUAGCCAUUGGUGCCUGCCUGGGUUACCGGAUAUAUGGAACGAGCUCCUCUUCUCGUUUCUGCUCUCAAAGUAAAGAAAUCUAUCAUGACUUUCUAACCUGUGAGUUCCUUUCUCCUUGCUGCAAAUAUGUUCUCUUUGAUUGUGGUUCCAUCACACAUGCUAUCGAGUUUUUUCCUCUGCUCCUCGGGUUUCGCUACACGGUUUAGGCCUUCGUAACCGGUUCCUUUAUUUUUUGGCUAUGGAGAAACAGCUUUGCCCGUAUUUGACCUCAGGUUAUAUAUUGCAGAUUGCCUUUGUUUCUUGAAACUUAAUUUCAAGUUCUUGUAAUCAUGUGUAUAGAAUGUAAAACAGAUUAAAAUUUCACACUGUAAAACAUAUAUGAGUAUUUUAUUGUUUGUGUAGUGAGAUUCUCCUUCA